AUGGCUGCUCUGUGUGUAUUGCAGCCAUCGGGCUAUGGCUGCUCUGUAACGAGUUAUGCCCAGCAGCGCUUUGACCACGUGCUCGUCGAGUCGUCGGGCAUCUCCGAGCCGCUCCCUGUCGCCGAGACCUUCACCUUCCGCGAUCGUGCCACUGCGUUGGACGACGUUGCCUCUCUCGCCAACUUGGUCACGGUUGUCGACGCUGCGUCUGUCUUCGAGCAGCUCAGCACGAUGGAAACGCUCGUGGACCGCGGCUGGGAGGCGGCCAAAGGCGACGAGCGCACCGUGUCACACCUGCUCUGCGACCAGCUCGAGUUCGCCGAUCUGCUACUGCUCAACAAGCGCGAUCUGGUGACGGAGGAGCAGCUCGGCGCGGUCGAGGCAUUCCUGCGCAAGGCCAACCCGACGGCCGAGGCCGAGGAGCACCCGCAGUGGCUGGUCGAGGCGCGCGAGCACGAGACGGCGUGGAUACGGGCGCGAGAGCACGAGCACACGCCCGAGACCGUCGAGUACGGCAUCUCCUCCUUCGUCUUCUGCGCCAAGCGGCCCUUCCAUCCGGAGCGCCUGCACGCGGCCCUCGACAGCCGGGAGCGGCGCCGCCCGGGAGCGCUGUCCACUGUCCUCCGGCUCAAGGGCUUCGCUUGGCUGGCGACGCGGCGCAACCGGCAGGUGCGCGCAGCGCUCGCGGGCACGCAGUUUGAGGACCACGGGACGCGGACCACGGAGAUCGGCGCACGGAGCUAG